GUUUUUGCGCUAUAAUUCCCUGAUUAGGUGACUUCUGGCUACUAAUAGUAAGGAAGAGGUUUGCAGUUGACCCUCUCAUUACUCUUCUUGCUCUAAUCGUCUAGCAUGGGCAAGUCCCAGAAAAAGCGGUUGAUGAGAAGACACAACCCAAUGCGAGUCCCGGACUCGCAUCUUCCAAAAGGUCUCGAAUCUGCCGCAGAGUCCUCCGCCAAAAAAGAGGCCGUCCUGCCCAUUAUGCAGAAAAUGGAAAGCCCUGAUAGUUCAGAACGCAAGUGGGCGUGCGUUGCAGCGUCCAAUCUCAUUCAAAAUGAUCCAUCGACACGGAGGCUGCUGCAAGGCAAAAACGUCGUUGGAUCUCUGAUUACUCGACUAUCGGACAGCGAGGAAGAAGUUUGGAUAGAAGCAGCUGGUGCUCUGCGAAAUUUGUGCAUUGACGGCGGGUACGACAUUUGUGCCGAGAUGUACAACAAAAACAUACUAGCCCCCUUGAAGGCUUUCGUACCGAGGAUAUCCUCGGCCCUCUCACAAUUCAUCGAUUCACCAAAAUCUCUGCCUGAAAAUGCUCGAAGAGUAGUGUACGAGUUUGCAGAGAACGUAAUCACCAUAUUCUGGUGUCUGUCGGAGACGUCGAACAAGGCUCUGAAUGCGAUUAAUGCGAUUGGCUUUGAUUCCUUUCCUGAUCUCCCUACUGCUACUGUCACUGCAGCAGCACAGAGCCUGUACGUUCUAACGGAUGACAACUGGCCGGCUAUCGAUGCAAUACGGUCUGAGACAUCUGACGAUCGCUUUGUGAUGCUCUACGUGUUGUGUUGUGGCAUCCUGGGUAACAUAUCUCCGCUCCCUCCGCCCAGUUCCGCACCAAAUUUUGACGUGAGCAAGGAUCUCAUAUUUCCUCGUCUUCAUCCUGUCAUCUCUUCCGUAUCCCUGGAUGCAGCUGUGCAGCGGGUGCAAGAACUCGUCGCACGCCAGGCUAACGAGCCUCUGGAGAUCGAGAAACUCUCCUUGAAACAUGUACCCAAAUCUGACCACAAAUUAUCAACGGAGCUCGAGCUCGAAAAGUUAGAGAACCGUCUCAGGACGGUGCAGCUUGCACUUGAGAUUUUGACAGGUGUAUAUGCGACGCUACCGGAUCCUGUCGCAGAGGCAGAACUAGGUAAUGAUGACAGGGAAGAAUUAGAAGAUGGAGAUGGAGAUGGAAAUAUGUCAGAUGCCCCAAUGGAGGACGCUAUGGACCUCGACCAAUCUUCGCAACCAGUGGCAGGCGAUCUACAUACAUCUCUUUCUCUUCCCUCGCUUGUACGGCCUCUGUUAACCCUGAUUCAACCGACCGCACUUUCAUUCCCUCCCCCAUCUGCACCAUCGUGCCAUCCGCCCACGACGUCAGCUUUGAGUUGCCUUAAUAACAUAUUCCUAUCACUCGCUGCGCACCCACACUCAGAACGUUGCGCCGAUGAUUCGGCUGCCCAGACCAUAUGGAGUGAGAUCUGGACGUCGCUAUCCAAAGUUGGCGUCGAUAUCGCUGUUGGUCAGGAACAAAAGCAGGUGAUAUGGGAAAUUGCUGUUGGUGUACUGUGGGGCGUAGGCAAGAUUUGGAAAGGGAAACUUGUUCCAACGGAGGAGCAUGUACGCAUUCUAAUGAGUAUCUGCGACGCAAGCACGGAUUCUCAGGUACAGGUGAAAUGCAUAGGUGCACUGGAGUGCCUUGCGCAGCAUCCCAACAGCCUCGAUGCUAACAGGGUCAUCUCUUCUUAUCUUCUUGACAUUCUUCCAACGUCUACAUCGCCGUCGCCCAAAGGCACUGAGCCUCUUAUCCAAGCAGUCUCUGCGCUCAUCGACAUCUAUUCUGACGAAAGCCUGCAUUAUGACGUUAACUUUCGGGAAGGGAAAUUCGAAGACAGAUUAGCUCAAAGUGUGGAAGGACUUAGGAAAGCAGUGCGCGCCAUAAAUCGGAAGACAGAAACCGACCUAAAGCUGAGAGGAGAGGAAGUGAGGGACAACCUGAUAGCUUUCAUUAAAUAUCGAAAAGAGCUUCGGUUCUAGAUUCGGAAGAUGUGGCACGGUCUGCUUCUCAUAAUUUUGUAUUGAGAUUUGCGCAGUCGUAUGCUUUCUGCUGCGUACUUGACGUUCUGUCACAACUCGGUACCUUCUCCUGUCUGGAUUAUAUAAGCAACAUAACUUGGCACCGUG